AUGGCGUCGGGCAGGAGUGAUAUUAGCCGAUCCGGGCGCCACUUUCAAUCCUUUCCCAUCCGGAUCAAAUUUUAGACGCAGCGUUCAGUUUGUUGACAUGUUGAGUCUGUGGAAACACACUCGACCCUCCUGCAGACAUGAGUUUUAGCGGCUCAGCGAGGGAGAUGUGACAGUUAUGGAAGAGCUGGAGAACAAGAGAGAAACAUUUUUACGAGUUCGGGCAAACAGGCAAACAAGAUUGAAUGCCCGCAUAGGGAAGAUGAAGAGGAGGAAGCCUGAGGAGGGGGGCCAGGUAUGUCCGCUGUGCAACGCCCCAUUGGCUGGGAGCGAGGAGGAGAUGAGUAGACAUGUGGAACAAUGCCUGAUCCAGCGCGAGGGCGCUUUAGCUGACGAUGACUCUGCAGACAUGGAUGGAGAGAACGGCCGGGGCUUUGAGGAGUACGAGUGGGCGGGGCAGAAGAGGAUCAGAGCCACGGCUCUGCUGGAAGGAGGCUUCAGAGGAUCGGGGUUUGCCACGUGUAGCAUCAAGGAGAGCGCGGCAGACAGCGAUGCCGACCUGGACGUGGACGGCGACGACACCUUGGAGUACGGCAAAGCCCAGUACACCGAGGCCGACAUCAUCCCCUGUUCUGGGGCCGGGGAGGACCAAGGAGAAGCCCGGGAGAGGGAGGCGCUACGAGGAGCUGUGCUCAACGGCGGGAUGCCUUCUAACAGAAUAACGCCCGAAUUCUCCAAGUGGGCCAGCGAUGAGAUGCCUUCCACGAGCAACGGAGAGAGCAGCAAGACAGACGCCAGCACUCCUUCAUCCUCCUCCUGCACUCCGCGCACCUGUAAAAACAGUGAGAUCGAAAAAGUGACGGAGGAGGAGUCCACAGCGACCACCAUGGAGGCUCUGAAGGCCCGAAUCAGAGAGCUGGAGAAACAGAUACUACGAGGGGAUCGAUACAAGUGUCUCAUCUGCAUGCAGAGAAAGCCUGCUAUCCAGUCAGGUGUGGAGAUCAAGAGCGUAGGGGCGUGGCUAGGGCCCCGGCCACUGGCCACCGAGGUCGGUGAGAGGCAACCUAAGUCCCUCCCCCUCGGCCUGUACUGCCUGUACAGGGGCCUUGUGAUAGGGGGCUACGGCAGCAGCAUAAAGAAGCUCCUUCCACAGCCCCUAAGGAGGGACUCCUACACAAUGCCGCUCACCUCCAUCCAGUGUUGGCACGUCCAUUGUGAAGAGUGCUGGCUCAGGACUCUGGGGAACAAGAAGCUGUGCCCACAGUGCAACACCAUCACCUCACCUGGAGACCUGAGGCGCGUCUACUUGUAAAGAGCACAACUCCUGCCCCUUUGUGUUUCCGGUCCAUCCUUCCAUUUCAGCUUUCAUCUCCUCCUUGUCGAUUGUCAAUUGUUUGCUCUCUCGUGGACUGGGACAUCAGCCGAAAAGCCUCCACGAGCAUUCAGAGACGAGACUGCUGUCUUUGGGACUCCACUGGCUCUUUUGAGGAGGGCGAAACGAGCGAAUGAUCGAGCAGCACUCACUGACUCUCCCGUCGUUCAGUCACACACUCACAAAAAAGAGGGAACAAUUGAAACCUGCAGUCCCAGAUGGUGAACGCAUUUGGUUUCACGACGACACACAUUGACCCCCCUUGAAGUACUUUCAAUCAGUGGAGAUCCAAAAACCCGGCUGAGCCCUGGAGACACCUGGUCGCUUCAUGCAUCCAGAGGUGGACCUGAAAGGAGCCUCUUCACACAGCAUUUAAAAACUAUUUUUUCUUUUUUUUUUUUUUCCUGCUUCUUGAAGAUUUCAGUGAUGUUGCGCAGCAGCAGGCACUGUCUUGAGGACUUCACGGAAAUAUUAUUAUAUUUGACUUUGUUUUCCCCCGUUUCCUCCUGCAGGAACGCAGUCCUUACUCAACUGUUGCUUGAGAGUAUCUUAAAAAAAGGGGGGAGGGGGCUGGUCCACUAAAAUUGAGCUUUCAGCCAAACUGAGAAUAACCUCAAAACCUUCGGAAAAAGAAGUCGGACACUCGCUCUCUUCCACUUCUUCUUCUCACAAGCCCCGCCCUGCCUUCUUCCCCUCUUUUGUGGUGUUUUAGUGAAGUAUACCAAAUUUUUUUUGCCCUCUGAGAUGCAGUGCAAGCACAUGUAAUAUAGUUAUAUGUUUGUUUACAAUGUUGGGUGUAAAUGACAUAGGGUUCGCGUACACACACACACACACAAAGACACAAACACACCCAUUACCAUCAAAACACACUGAAGUAUAUAAUAUCAAAGUCCUUUUUAAGUCGGAAGGGUUCGGGGGGAAAAAAUGGCUGGACUAAAAAGCCCUCUGUAUUUUUGAAGAAAAGAAAAAAAAAGAUCAUUUGAAGAUCUGAUGGAGUUUUAUUUGAAUGUACAGGAAUUAAAAAAAGAGUAAUAAUAAAAGUACUCAAGACUAGAUGGGUAAGAUUUAGGUGGUGUAAUUUUUCUGUAGAGUACCGCGCAAAAAAAACUAGAUCUGAACAUGAAGCAAAGGGCACAUGUGUUAGUUUUAUCAAAUGGAGAGAUCCCUUCUGCCCGAGAUUUUCCUGCGGCCAAGCAGCACAGUAGAAAUGUUCUUUCUUCGGUUGAAACAUCGUUCAGCUGAGCUGCUUCUUCUAACCCUAGUUCUUCUUCCUGUCAGUUGGGGUAACAACAUGCUCAGAUCAUAGCCUAGGUUUUUUUGUUUUCUUUUCUCCCCCUUUUUCUUUGGCCUUACAUGUCACGAAGGAAAGGUUUCUCCCUUUGUUCUCAUCCUGCUAUGCUGCAGAAAAAGGUCCCCAAAUGGCAACUAAAAAGGGCAGGUUCUUUCUAAGUUAUUAGAGGUCCGUGAAGGCUCUCAACAUGAAGAAUGCCCCAAAGCUGAACUGGCAAUCUCCAGAACCCUGCAGCGUUUCCUCCUCCCCAUUACAGCAGCAGCAUCGGCAGCCAAGGUGGUGGUGUGCUUUGUGUUUGUAAAACUAUGUAAUCUGUGAUGUCUGUAUUGUUGUAAGAAAUACUGAAAAAAAAGAAAAAUAAAACUUCUCAAAUACAACGAGUGCUUCUAUUCACGCAGCCUGGGUGGUGGAAUAAGACGGCCGGGGAAUGACGAGGACAAAGAUGAACUCAAGACACAGGUUUUAAUCAUCUUUGAGAUCCAUGAUAAUCUGAAUUAUCU